AUGCAUGAUGCAAAGGCAGUGAGCACCCCAUUGUCUGCUCAUUUCAAGCUUAGCAUGGACCAGAGGCCAAAGGAUGAUGGAGAAAGGAGGGAUCUAAGUAAAAUUCCCUAUACAAACAUCAUAGGAAGCAUUAUGUACACUAUGCUUUGCACUAGACCUGAUUUGGCACAGGCCAUUAGUGUCACAAGUCGCUUCAGGUCUGAUCAUGGGAGAGAGCACUGGAUUGCACUCAAAUGGCUGUUGAGAUACCUCAAAGGGGCAGCUAAGUAUGGCUUGGUUUACAGAGCAGGGAUUGAUCAGCAAGGUGAAGCUCUCAUUGGCUUUUGUGAUUCGGAUUAUGCCUCAAACAGGAACAACCGAAGGUCACAAACUGGUUAUAUUUUCAACUUGUAUGGAACUGCCAUAAGUUGGAAAUCUGGUCUGCAGCAUGUAGUGGCUUUAUCUACAACGGAAGCUGAGUAUAUUGUCAUUACAGAGGCAGUAAAGGAAGGAAAAUGGCUCAAAGGGAUCUUGGAAGAUUUUGGUGAGAAACAGAGCACUUUGGAUAUUUUUUGUGAUAGUAGCAGUGCCUUGGCUCUAACAAAACAUCAAGUUUUUCACGAGAGAAGUAAGCAAAUCGACGCGAAGCUUCAUUUGGAUGAAGUGCAGAAGGGAGAGGUCAGAAUGCUGAAGAUAUCCACUGAUCACAAUGCUGCGGACAUGUUAACUAAACCAUUACCGACUGUGAAGUUUAAGUACUGUCAAGAGCUGGUUGGGCUCCGAGAGUAA